AUGGCACCUAGGCCUCCUCUGCCUCCUGUUCCAAACCCAGAUAAUCCUCAUUUGGUGGGAGCAAUUGAAGCGAUGAUAGCAGCCAUGCAGCAACAAAAUGCUAACAUGGUGAAUCAGCAAAAUCUAGCCUUGCAACAGAUGGAGUCUGCAAGACUAGCAACAGAAGCGACUCAGCAGAGGCACUUGGAAGCCCUGCAUCAGAUAGGGGAAAAUCGUUCAGCCGCUGUUAGUCCGGAUAGAGCUGAUCAGUGGAUGCGGGACAUGGAACGAAUCUAUGAUGCUAAGAGAUGUCCUGCAGAGAACAGGCUGGCAUACACUGAGUACCUUCUUGCUGGAGAGGCCGUGCAUUGGUGGUCCAACAUGAAGAUGAUGUUGGAGGACAGCCAUGAGACCAUCACCUGGGAACUGUUUAAGAAGAAGUUUUAUGUUGAGUUUUUCCUAGAUAGUGUGAGAUUCCACACCCUGAAGAUGGCAGAGGACUGGCAGUGUAGAAAAUUUGAGAAUGGGUUGAGGGGUGACCUCAAGCUCAUGGUGGUUUCACUCUCUAUCAAGGAGUUCCCUGCCUUGGUAGAGAAGGCAAGAGUGAUGGAGAAGCUCAAGGCUGAAGUUGAAGCUCAGCAGAGGUCUCACCUGAAGGUGGGAGGACCAUCUGGGUCCACGAGCAAACACGACGACAAGAGGAAGCCAUACUCUAGGCCUCAGCCAUAG